AUGACAAAAGAGCAUGGGAUAGCGAUGAAUCUAGACGACAUUAUCGGGCGGCUGUUGAUGCACCCCUUUCAUAAUAGCGCUGCUGCCGUGGCUUCCGAGGUGUCUCUUGAGCAUGAACGCAAAUACACUCGUCAGUCGCGCCUUAGUGCCUUUAGGCAAACACAGGCGAUGGAUUCAUCAUGGAGUCCAAACGCCCUGACAUCUCAGAAGAAAUUGUCAGAGGCUGAGGUGCGUUACCUUGUCAUGGAGUCACGUAUGAUGUUCAUGUCACAGCCUAUGCUUCUGGAGGUGGUGGCGCCGGUCCGCAUUUGUGGGGAUGUGCAUGGGCAGUACCACGACCUGCUACGUCUCUUUGACCUUGGCGGCUAUCCACCGGAGGCCAACUACCUUUUCCUCGGUGAUUACGUGGACCGGGGCGACCAGUCCCUUGAAACCAUUUGUCUCUUGCUGGCGUACAAACUGCGUUUCCCAGAAUCCUUUUUUUUGCUCCGCGGCAACCAUGAGUCUAGCAGCAUCAACCGCAUCUAUGGCUUCUUUGAUGAGUGCAAGCGACGCUACAGCGUGCGGCUGUGGAAGCAGUUCACGGACACGUUUAACUGCAUGCCGGUGGCUGCACUAGUUGAGGAGCGUAUUUUAUGCAUGCACGGCGGCUUGAGCCCGGAGCUGAAGCACCUGGACCAAAUUCGUUGUAUUCUGCGUCCAACCGACGUGCCCGACAGCGGCCUCAUCUGCGACCUUCUCUGGGCCGAUCCGGGCGACUGCAACGGCUGGGGCGAAAACGACCGCGGCGUCUCAUGGACGUUUGGCCACGACAUUGUGCAGAAGACAUUAAAAGAGUUUGACCUCGAUCUUAUAUGCCGAGCCCACCAGGUGGUGGAUGCCGGCUACGAGUUCUUCGCCGCCCGCCGCCUCGUCACGGUGUUUUCGGCCCCCAACUACUGCGGCGAGUUUGACAACGCUGGUGCCUUCAUGAUCGUCGAUGAAAACCUCACCUGCAGCUUUGCGCAGAUUGAGCCCACCAACACCAUGCUUCGGUACUCCUUCUGA